CCGAGAGUCCGGGUCCGCACACCUAUGCCGGCACUCCUUGCGGGUUACGAACUUGCCUCGAGCUUGCAAACGUUGUUGUUGAUAUUGGUGGAGAAUCUUGCCAGGAAUAGCUUGUUGUGACAACCCGGAAAGCCACCCCGACAGCCAUCUGGGCGAAGCGGCGAUCCUUCUUCCGGAAGCAAUGAUUUACAUACUUACAACCGGGCGUAGCCGCUCGGGCCUCAGGGGCCUCAGGGGUAUAUAAACCUAGUGAGAGCUCGACUCUGUUUCGACCUUUCUGUGCUGUUCCACACCGUCACCGUCCGUUGAUUCAUUGUCCCAGCGAAGACCAUCACCAUGAGACUCACACGAUCCAGCCUCGCCCUCCUCGCUUCGGCGGGCUCUGUCGCAGGACAGGGCUGCGACCUCCCCACCUCGUACAAGUGGACGUCGAGCGGCGUGCUCGCCGAGCCCAAGAGCCCGUGGGUCGCACUCAAGGACUUCACCGUCGUCCCGUACGAGGGCCAGCACCUCGUCUACGCCACGACCAACGACGGCACCAACUGGGGCUCCAUGAACUUCGGCCUCUUCAGCAACUGGGAGGACAUGGGCGCCGCGAGCCAGAACGCCAUGAGCACGGGUACCGUCGCGCCCACCCUCUUCCACUUCGCCCCCACGGACGUCUGGAUUCUCGCCUACCAAUGGGGCCCGACCUCCUUCUCCUACAUGACGUCGAACGACCCCACCGACCCCAACGGUUGGUCUAGCGCCCAACCGCUCUUCGAGGGCACCAUCCAGGACUCCGACACAGGCGUUAUCGACCAGACCGUCAUCGGUGACGACGAGAACAUGUACCUGUUCUUCUGCGGCGACAACGGCAAGAUCUACCGUGCCAGCAUGCCGAUCGGCGACUUCCCCGGCAGCUUUGGCACCUCGUCGACCAUCAUCAUGAGCGACACCAGGAACAACCUGUUCGAGGCGGUGCAGGUGUACAAGGUGGACGGCCAGCAGAAGUACCUGAUGAUCGUCGAGGCGAUCGGUAGCGGGGGCCGGUACUUCCGGUCUUUCACGGCCAGCAGCCUGGGCGGCGACUGGACCCCCAACGCGGCCACCGAGAGCAACCCGUUCGCGGGCAAGGCCAACGGCGGCUCCAGCUGGUCCAACGACAUCAGCCACGGCGAGCUGGUGCGCAAGAGCGCCGACCAGACCUUCACCAUUGAUGCCUGCAACCUGCAGCUGCUCUACCAAGGGCGCGACCCCAGCUCGGGAGGCGAUUAUAACUCCCUGCCGUACCGCCCCGGCGUCCUGACACUGCAGAGCUAAAGGCGCUCUGGGCCUUUUAAGUAACGAGGUGCUUUUCAAUGGGGGGAAGGGGAGAGGUUCGAAGCCUUCGAGACGGAUGUUUCAAAUAGGAACUCGGUCGACGCUUCAAGUUGUUAGCAUAUCACAAUAAAACAACCGUUAACCAGAAUAUAGUGUUCCUCCUCAUAUCCUUCUGUCAGGGGCUCCUAACUAGAAACUGAACUCUUUGAAGAACCGCUGAAGAAGAUGCUUGCACACGCACAGGGCUGCGUGACUAAGGCGAUUCACUGGCGAAGAUAGACUCAAUUCCUAGCUAAGAGCUCUCUCUCAGGUCCAGGCGUUACAUAGGUCGAGAGGAGAACUGGA